AUGAAUGAAGAAAUAAGACAAAUUGUUGAAGAACUUGAUCGGCCAGUGAGAAGAAAUAAUCAACGACAUGUGGAUAUACGAGGUCUAGAUGAGACUUGGCAAGCUGAUCUUGUUGAUACGUCAGCAUAUAAAUCUUAUAAUAAAGGAUAUCAAUAUUUAUUAACAGUUAUUGACAUUUUCUCUAAAUAUGCUUGGGCUAUACCAACUAAAUCUAAGAGUGGUAAAGAUGUCACUGAAGCAAUGAUGGUCAUUUUAAAUGAAACAAAAGUUCCUAAACGUUUACAUGUUAAUAGAGGAAAAGAGUUCUAUAAUAAGGAUUUUGAAGGACUUAUGAAACAGCAUCACAGCAAAAUUAAACAUCGUACCAUUAAAAUGAAGCCUGUCGAUGUGUCUUUAGCUAAUGAAAAAAAAUUGUUUGAUAGUAUUUAUAAGAAGUUGAAAGUUGUAAAGAUGAAGAAGAAAAAUAAGUUCAGAGUUGGUGAUAAAGUUCGCAUUAGCAAAUAUAAACAUAUAUUCGAAAAGGGUCACACUCCCAACUGGACCACUGAUAUCUUCACUGUCAGUGAAGUGACAAAUACACACCUAGUAACUCAUAAAUUAACAGAUUAUCCGAAUCAAUCGAUAGAAAGGGGUUUUUAUGAAAAAGAAUUAACAACAGUCUUAUAUCCCGAUGUAUAUUUAGUUGAAAAGUACUAA